AAAAUGAAGAACUUAAUUCAGUGCAUCCUCAUCCCCAUUGCUGUGCUCAUGUCAACAACAGGAGCUGAGGAGAUAGAAUAUGUUGAGGAAGGAGGCACGGUUACACUUCUACGGCCAACAACUGAGGAAAAAGACAUCUAUGUGUCCUGGUACUUUGGCACACAAAGUAGCCCUCCAAUUGCCCGGUGCAAUUACCUCGGUGGAACCGAGUAUAUUAACGGGAACAAUGAUCGUGAGGGCAUAUGGCAAGGCAAGUUGACCGUGUCUACCAAUGAUCUGACAAUUAAAAACAUCCAAAAAGGAAACUUUGGGAUUUUCAUCUGUAAAAUGACGGUGAAUAGAGAAGACACAUUCAUCACAUAUAAAGUCCUCAAACUCAAUGCGUCCAUGUCCCCAGCCUCUCCUCUGGUGCUUGGAGAAAAUCUGAAACUAGCCUGUGAUGUAGAGGCUACUCGGGGUCAAAGCCCCAAGAUACACUGGCUAAACCCCCGGGGAGAAGAAGAUGAUACGAACAGCGUCAGUAGAGGAACAAUCACAAAAAAGGUCACAAACCAAGACAAUGGCUUGUGGACCUGCGUGGUGACUAACAAUAAUAAGGAAAACAGGGCCAAAAUUUCUGUUAAAGUUAUGGACCUCAACCCAGCUCCUUCAGGUCCUCUGUAUACCUCUACAUCCUCGCCUCUCACCAUCCCCUGUUUCUUUCCUACUCACACCUGGGAUAAAAUCAAAAGCAAGGGCAUCAAAGGAGUUCACUGGGACUUCUCCCCUAAACUCUCAUCAAGUAAAGAGUCAAGUAAAGUAAAAAGGCUGUUCUCCCUCUCUGUGGAAAAUACAACCUGGAUGGGGGACCAAGGCAGAGGACUGAGUCACGUACCAACCCUCAAAAAUGGAAAUCUGUCUUUGACCAGAAAUCGAGCAAAAGAAGGUGACGGAGGAAACUACACGUGUAGCGUUGAAUUCAGUAGUGAUAUAACAACGCUGAGUAGGACUAUAAGCGUUGAGGUGCUUGAAAUCAUCUCCUCUCCAGGAAUAGAGUUAAAUUCUGGCCAGCAGCUCAACCUGAGCUGCACCACUGGCCAUGCGCUGCUUCCCGACAUGCAAGUGAAAUGGAUCCCACCUCAAUCAUCAUCCGUGCAGUCUCUGGGAUCUGACCAUCACCCAACCCAUCUCACCAUCCCGGAAGUGGGUUUAGGCGAUGGUGGAAAGUGGAGGUGUGAGCUGUGGCGGAAUCAUACACAACUGACAUCAGCUAUGAUAAUACUGAAAAUCGAAUUCAAGCUGAGUGUGUGGAUGGUUGUGACCAUAUGUAGCACCGCAGUCAUCGUAAUCCUCAUCUGCAUCCUUGCCUUAAUCCUCCACCGACACAGACAACGCAAGAUGAGAUUCCCCAGGCAACGACUCUGCCAGUGCAAAAAUCCCAAACCAAAAGGAUUUUACAGAACGUGAUGUCUUCCAGAAACAAGAAAGACGUUUCUCAAGAGGACAUCGCAAACAAUUGAAUUUCUGUCCAGAUAAGACAGAUUUUUUAUGUCUGAGUCAUUGUUGAAACAUCAUAUAAGACGUCUUACAGUUGUACACAUCGGCCAGCUCGGAUCCUUUCACACAUUGUUAUAUCUGUAAUAUAAUCCAAAUAGGGACUGAUGAUCGAUUUAAUUAGCAUUUUAACUUGUUUAUAAUUAUUACAGUGCUUGAUUUAAUUCAUCGUUUCAGAUUAACCUUUUGUAGAUUUAUUGUCAUGUAAUGUAUAUAUUUCUAUGGUAUUGCAUUGGUAGGCUUGGUUACUUGCUUCUAUGAAUAUUCACACAUCUAUUAUUUGUAUAGACAUGAUGAUACUUUAUUACUUAAAAUGAAAACAUUCCCUACUGUCCUGUCAUUA